UACUUCAUUUUAAAUGUAAAAAUUUUUGAGGAUUUUAAGCAACGCGAGCCGAAUGAUGAUUAAAUCUUCGGGAUAAAAACGUGCAAUAAAUGCGUGAACGAAGGACAGCAAUGCGUGAACAGCACAUUUAAAUUUGUAAACAUUAAAAAAUAUAGAUUGUUGAUACAUUUCAUUAACAAACCGAUGUUAAAAAAUAGUAUGUUACACAAUGAAAAUUCCUCUCAUGCGCGAAUAUAUGUAUAACUUCGAUCGCGUAACGCAAAUAAUGCAUCUACGCGGAACAGUAAAUCGUUACGCAAUUCACGACGGAUAAUUGCAACAAGCACAAAAGCGGAUGACGAUACCUGUAAUUGGACUAGAUUGCGACAUUAAAUGAUUGAUAAUUGACUAAUUGCUGUGCCGCCCUGGACAGUGCAAGGGAUACCGAAGACUUCGUUAUCAGUUGACGAUACGUUCGGCUGAGAUGAAGCGUGCACUUCCAAUAGUUUUACUUCACCUAUGGUGGAAUUCUCUCCCGGAAGUAUGUUCCUCGAGGUAAACGACUUCGUGCUCCUUUAAAAGCCAUUUUCGCCUCAUUACGCACAGCGUUUUGUUUUGUCGCGGAGUCUUUUAUCGCUUCAUAGGCGAAGAUAGGCGAAGAAAAAUUGCAUGCAGCAAUUUUUCAUCCGAGUCGUGGAAGACAAUAAUCUCGAUCCGUUUCUUUCCCAGACGAGUCCAAAAUUGGGACAUACAGAGACGUUACAAAGACAUUUUUACGAGAACCGUCUAAAAGACGUUUAAAAGACAUUUUAUCGCUCCAAUUCUAAAAUCUAAACUUUGUCUUUCUUAACAUAUAUAUAUUUCUAGAAACAAGUAAAAAGUUGUAGACUGAAACGAGCCGCUGUUUCCUCUGCCAGCUAGAAAAAUUUCAAGUUAACGCGGUCUAUGAAAAAUCGUUACGAUUAAUCCUGAUAUAUCAUAGAGAUAUCAUCAACUCGCUAACAACUUUUCUCUCAUGAGAUCAAAUAAGUUAUCUAACCGAAAAAAUAAGUUGUCUAACCGAAAAAAUAAAUAAUAGUUUUAGAUGGUGUAUGUUAAAUCUUAUGAAAUUAAAGUAUUCUCCCUCGUUUAAUAUAAUGAGAAUUUCCGAUGAGUCAGUAACCAAAGAUAUAAUACAAUACAAAUAAAACAACAAGCGUUAAACAAACUGCAUUAACAAUGAACAGAUAAAAUAAAAAAGAACUUUAAUGAUGAUGAAAGAUGGAAUUUUUCUCGCAGCUUGCUCAGCGAUGUCAACAAUUGCUCUAUGACGUCGAGGCUAAUUCUGCCAGAACAUUAUGUUAAAGAAAUUAGACCGCCGUCAGGUGCACCUGUAGUGGUAAACUUCAACAUUUUAGUUGUUGACAUUAAUUCUAUCAACGUUGAAGACAUGGACUUUCGUGUAGACAUGUUCGUCAGUCAAAGUUGGAUAGAAUCUCGACUGAAUAUGUCUGAAGAUAUUUUCGAGGAAGAUGACGAUUAUGUCAUACUUCCCCAGGAAUUUUUCGAUAAUCUUUGGCAACCGGAUCCAUAUUUUUUAAAUUCAAAAGUUUCCGAGAUUGCGACUUUAAAUCACAAAUUCUCAUUGGUCACGUUAUACCGAAAUAAAACUAUUAAAUAUUCUGCCCGAAUUAACGCUAUUGUUGCCUGUCAAAUGGAAUUUCAAUCGUACCCAAUGGAUAUUCAAAUCUGCCCAAUUUACAUAGAAAGCUUUUCCUACAAUAGAAAAAAGUUACGUUUAAAGUGGGGCGCGGGUGGUGUUAUGAUAAAUCCUGAAUUGAAGCUUUUGCAAUAUGAUAUUGGGAAGCCCACAGUAUCCGAAGAAACUAUAGAUUAUAUGCUCGAGAAAAAUGGAAAUUUCUCCCGAUUGGUAGUCUUCCUUCGCUUCGAGAGGCAGAUCGGCCACCACUUGAUACAAACGUUCGCACCAUCAACUCUGGUCGUGAUGCUUUCCUGGUUCAGCUUCUGGUUGGACUUGGAUGCAAUUCCUGGUCGAGUGGCUCUUCUGGUGACGAGUAUGCUUACAUUGGUAACGAUGUUUACCGGUCUUAAAAGCGAUAUUCCGCCAGUGGCGUAUAUCAAGGCUUUAGACGUGUGGAUGGCUGGCUGUAUGAUGUUCGUGUUCGCAGCCUUAGGAGAAUUUGUCGUAGUCAAAGUGCUCGAUUUGCGACAUAUUAAAAAUGAUUCGCAAAGUUUCACGGAUUCUCGCUCGUUCUCGCGAUUAAUGGCGACGGUGAAGAGACAAAGCAUUUGGGAUGAAGAAUUCGUUUAUGCAACCAAACCGAAGAAGCAUACCAAUGAUCAUCUACUGCCAACUCUAUGGCUGGAUCCCGAAUGCCAGAUAGUGCAAACGAGUAAAACACGUUCUCAAAAAAUAGAUUUCUACAGCAGAAUUAUGUUUCCUAUACUCUUCUUAUUUUUCAUCGUUCUAUACUGGCCAAUAGUAUUGCUCAAAAGCGUAAUAAAAUAACAUGAAUUUUG